AUGCUGGUGCACACUUACUCCGCCAUGGAGCGCCCCGACGGGCUGGGCGCAGCGGCUGGCGGGACCCGCCUGUCGUCUCUGCCCCAGGCAGCCUACGGACCCGCGCCGCCACUGUGCCACACGCCCGCCGCCUCUGCAGCCGCGGACUUUCAGCCUCCCUACUUCCCGCCGCCCUACCCGCAGCCGCCGCUGCCCUACGGCCAGGGCCCCGACGCCACCGCCGCCUUUCCGCACCUGGCCGCGGACCCUUACGGCGGCCUAGCGCCCCUGGCACAGCCGCAGCCCCCGCAGGCCGCCUGGGCCGCGCCCCGCCCUGCCACCCGCGCCCACGACGAGCCGCCCAGCUUGCUGGCGCCACCCGCCCGCGCUCUGGGCCUCGACCCGCGCCGGGACUACGCUGCCGCGGUGCCCCGGCUCCUGCACAGCCUGGCCGACGGCGCGCACGGCCUCGCAGAUGCUCCCCUUGGUCUUCCGGGGCUAGCAGCGCCCCCCGGCCUGGAGGAACUGCAGGCGAUAGAUGACCCGGGAAUGAGCCUCCUGGACCAAUCCGUGAUCAAGAAAGUCCCCAUCCCCUCCAAAGCCGGCAGCCUCUCCGCCCUCUCAUUGGCCAAAGACAGCCUGGUUGGCGGCAUCAGCAACCCCAGUGAGGUCUUCUGCUCUGUGCCUGGCCGCCUGUCAUUGCUCAGCUCAACGUCCAAGUACAAGGUGACCGUGGGGGAGGUGCAGCGGCGACUCUCACCUCCGGAGUGCCUCAAUGCCUCCCUUCUGGGGGGUGUCCUCCGAAGGGCAAAGUCCAAGAAUGGGGGCCGGUGUCUGCGGGAACGGCUGGAGAAGAUUGGGCUCAACCUGCCAGCUGGUCGUCGGAAGGCAGCCAAUGUGACUCUGCUGACCUCAUUGGUGGAGGGAGAAGCCGUGCACCUGGCUCGGGACUUUGGCUAUGUUUGUGAGACAGAGUUUCCAGCCAAGGCAGCUGCUGAGUACCUAUGCCGACAGCACGCUGACCCUGGAGAACUGCACAGCCGCAAGAGCAUGCUGCUGGCUGCCAAGCAGAUCUGCAAGGAGUUUGCAGACCUGAUGGCUCAGGACCGCUCCCCGCUGGGCAACAGCCGCCCAGCCCUCAUCCUGGAGCCCGGGGUCCAGAGCUGUUUGACACACUUCAGCCUCAUCACUCACGGCUUCGGGGGCCCCGCCAUCUGCGCGGCUCUCUCCGCCUUCCAGAACUACCUGCUAGAGUCACUCAAAGGACUGGACAAGAUGUUUCUAAGCAGUACGGGCGGUGGGCACGGAGAGACCAAGGCCUCAGAGAAGGAUGCCAAGCACCGGAAGUAACUCUCGCUCUGUAGCUAAGUGACUCCCAAUGCCUGAGAUGAGGCCCUGGCUGCUGCGGGUGGCCCAGAAAGAACUAAAAGGUGGGAUUCCAU